AUGGAUAAUCAGGGACAUAUUCAGGGCGGAUACUUGGAUGACGAGACGGACGAUGUUGAUUUCGAUAACAUCCUUUUGGGAGUUGUGCUCCUAGGCUUCAUGUUCUUCGACCCACGCUUUAACCGAGUUCCCAGAAGAAGAAGAGUUAGAGAUAGUGUGCUCUCGGGGAGGGACUAUGUGCUUGAGCUGAUAAACGGACAUGAGGACAGAAUUAUUGAAAAUAUGCGCUUGGAUGUUCCCCAAUUCCUGAUGUUGUGUGAUUUGUUGGUUCAGCGUGGUUAUUGGCAUGCAUAUCCUUCACAUCAGGUGGGGGUUCAUGAAUCCGUUGCAUUAACUCUAAUGUGCCUGAGCCAUGAUGAGCGGCACCGUGUUCUAGCCGAGCGGUUCCAGCAUUCCACGGAGACGAUAGAUCAACAUGUUCGUCGUGUGUUACGAGCAUUAGUUCGCCUCGGUCGUGAUCUCGUUAGGCCAACAGACUUCGAUGGGACUCACCCAAGAAUUUUGAACAAUGCAUCACUCAUGCCGUGGUUCCGGGAUUGUGUAGGAGCACUAGACGGGACACACGUCUCCGCUUGGUGCAGCUCAGAGAUACGAGAGAGGUUCAUAAAUCGGCAUGGUGACUUAUCCCAGAAUGUGCUUGCUGCCUGCGAUCAUGAUAUGCGCUUUGUAUAUGUUCGAGUCGAUUGGGAGGGCAGUGCUCAUGAUGCCCGAAUUCUCCAAGAUACCUUGCUAGAUCCGAAUUCGGGUUUUCCUAUGCCACCGCCGGGGAAAUAUUAUGCGGUAGAUGCUGCUUAUAGAAAUAUGCCAGGUUUUAUGGCACCGUUUAGGGGAGCACAGGGCACACAGCAUGAACGGGCAGCUAAACGUCUGUUCAAUAGGCGGCAUGCAUCGAUUAGAAAUAUUAUUGAGCGCACAUUUGGGGUUCUUAAGAAGCGUUUUCCAAUACUCAAGGGUCCAAUACAGAAUUAUCUAAUAGCAACACAAAAUAAUAUUGUGCUUGCAUGUUGUACUUUGCACAAUUUUAUGCGUGCAUACUCCCCAGCAGAUGAGUACUUCAAUGAAGAAGCAACCCUCGGAGCCAUAGCUGAUGCACAGAUAGCAGGGGAGCAACAGCAGGCUGGCCAACCCAUCGAUAUGUCGGAGCAGGGCAUCUUUAAUUGGAACGAAGAUCGGCGGGCAAUGGCGGCGCACAUGUAUUGGAAUGCGCAUAACUAG